AUUUAAUACAAACGAUCGAAUCGGAAUCUUGAAAAUCUCUUGAACUCUGUGAACUGCAUCAACAAAGAUUUCCUCUGCGAGCUCCAGCAUCAGAUAAAUAUGCACAUUCCACUUGCCGUUUGUAAGAUGCGUAAGUUGCAGAUCCAAAUUCUGACCCGCGACGGUCGCAAGAACAUCUAUGAGACCGAUCGCUCUCGCAACGUGGCCGAUUUGAAGAAGCGCAUUGGACGCACCAUGAACGUGCCGAUGGCAUUUAGCCGGCUGACUUAUAAGGGUCGCCUGCUGACCAACGAUAGCAUUCUGGAGGAUGAGGGCGUGAAGCGCAUGUCUACGCUGGAGCUAUACUGGCAGCCAUUGGUGCUGACACCCAAGCAGUAUCGCGAAAAGGAACUGGAACUGGACAAGCUCGACCAGAAGCAGCGUCACGUGUCGCGCAUCGCUGAGAACUAUGAGCAGACCGUUAAGAAGGGCGGACACGAGAGAACUCCGAGCGGACUGCGCCGCACACGUGACCAUUUGCGGGUGAAGCGUUCGUUGAGCGCCGACGAUAUGAAGAUGUCCACAAACAGCUUCGUCCGCCAGUCGGAGCACAAAAUUGACGAAUGCGUGCCGGAGGAGGAGCUGAAGAGCUCAUCGUCAUCCGAGGAGCUAGACUUUCUCGCCUCCUAUUGGUGCUGCACGAAGAACACCACGAAGAAGACACGCAAAUCAUUGGACGCCACUGGGCUUAAUUAUGUCGAUGUCCCCAUCGAUGCUGAUGCUGAUGUCGUUGCCGAUGCUAAAGCUAAUGCUAAGCCUAAGGCUAAUCAUAAUGGCGGGGCACUCAAACUGGAUGCUGGCAAUGAAUUGAAGAUGAAGGCAUCUGGCAUAGCCACUGGAACUGGCACUGCCACUGGCAUCGGCUCUGGCACUGGCAUCGGCUCUGGAACUGGUACUGGUAUUGGCACUGGAACUGCAGCUGGAGCUGACUUUCCACCAUCGGACACAACCACCACAGAUGACGAUGAUCUCGAAGAGCUAAUGGAUGAGCCCUGCUUGAACUACAAGCAUCAGCCGUUCCGCAGCGGACUACGUCUGGCCGCUGGCCGCAUGUCUCGCAGCAUCAUCACCAAUAUCAGGAAGAAUCAGAAGACUAGCAAGAAAUAA